GCUCGGCGGAGCCGGAGCCGGCGGAGAGGGGCGCACUCCCCGGGAGCGCCCGGCGGGACCAUGGAGAGGCGAUUCACAUAUGAAGAUUAUCGACACACUGCAGAAUGGCUUCAGUCCCACACCAAGCAUCGACCUCAAGUGGCAGUGAUCUGUGGUUCUGGCUUAGGAGGCCUGACUGAUAAAUUAACUCAGACCCAGAUCUUUAACUACAGUGAGAUACCAAACUUUCCCGAAAGUACAGUGCCAGGCCAUGCUGGUCGACUGGUGUUUGGGUUCCUGAAUGGCAGAGCCUGUGUGAUGAUGCAGGGCAGGUUCCACAUGUAUGAAGGCUACCCACUCUGGAAGGUGACAUUCCCAGUGAGGGUUUUCCACCUUCUGGGUGUGAGCACCCUAGUUGUCACCAAUGCAGCUGGAGGACUCAACCCCAAGUAUGAGGUUGGAGACAUCAUGCUGAUCCGUGAUCACAUCAACCUACCUGGUCUCUGUGGUCAGAACCCUCUCGUAGGACUCAAUGAGGAAAGGUUUGGAAUUCGUUUUCCUGCCAUGUCUGAUGCCUAUGACCGGGAGAUGAGGCAGAAGGCUCACAGUACCUGGAAACAAAUGGGGGAGCAGAGAGAGCUACAGGAAGGCACCUACGUUAUGGUGACAGGCCCCAACUUUGAGACUGUGGCAGAGUGUCGUAUGCUGCAGAAGAUGGGUGCUGAUGCUGUUGGCAUGAGCACAGUACCAGAAGUUAUAGUUGCAAGGCACUGUGGACUUCGAGUCUUUGGCUUCUCCCUUAUCACUAACAAGGCCAUCCUGGAUUAUGAAAACCUGGAGAAAGCCAACCAUGAGGAAGUUCUAAAUACUGGGAAACAAGCUGCACAGAAAUUGGAACAGUUUGUCUCCGUUCUUAUGGCUAGCAUUCCACUGCCUGACCAUGCCAGUUAACCAGCCCCAGAGUGGUCUGGCCUCUCUCUUAUGGGACCCAAGUAGCUGCUACCUACUUUGGAUCCUUACUGGGGUGACAUGCCCCUGGCCUUAUAUAGUAGCAGAAAGGAGAGGAAGAUCCCUAUCCUUCACUUUCCCCACUUCUCCCACCAGACCCUUCUGGUGCCUAGUGCUCUUUUGCUCAACUGUCUUCUCAAAACAGUUUCCACUCCCAUUAUUUCCCAGGAGCUGGAACCCAAGCCCAGCCCUAUAACAUAUCAAUGAAUGUUCCCAGGGCUACUGAAUUUGACACUGUAUUAGCUGCUGCUAGCUUUCUGAGAUUAUGCUUUCACAUUUCCGGGGGCUCAGUUCUACCUCCCACAGAAUACUGGAGACCACACAAGGACCAACCCAAUCAAUACCUCUUGGACUUUAAUACUAUCAUAUUUUAAGAAUAAAGAGAAAGAUGAAAUAA